GUAGUUUUCAUGAAUGUAUCGAAAAGUUUCCCCCCUGAAUUCGCGUGCGAAAAAAAAACAGUGCAGUGCGUGUGCACAUAUAUAUAUACUUACUUAUAUAUACCAGUGGUCUGUAUCACGGCGAGUUUCACUAGAUUAGUUAUUCAACACGGGUUCUCCGUACACAUCGCGUACGGGACGAUCAGCUGAUUGCUCCAAAAAACAUUUUAACUAGAAUGUCGGACGAGAAAAAAGUGACGGACCAAGCGGAGGAUUCGGAAUUGAACGAACUCUUAGAUAGUGCACUGAAAGAUUUUGACAAGCCGGCAAAAACUGCAGCAGCGCAAAAAGAAGAUGCAUCAACAACCACAGUGGCGACCACAGAAGAACCUAAAGAAGGAACCACGGUUGAGGAAGUGUGGACAGAAGAUUUCCUCAAGCAAGCGGCUGAUCAGUUUCAACGAAAUUUGGAAGAACUGAUGCAAAAUGGAGGAAACAAUGAUUUGGGAGAGUCAUUUAAAAAAAUGGCCCAAACAGUCGCUGGAGCAAUGUCUGCUGAUUCUAGUGGAGGUGAAGAUAGUGCUCCAGUUCCAGAUUUUCAAUCAGCUAUAAGUCAAGCGUUAAAAGAUUUAUCAGCGACAUCGGAAAAUUUACAGAAUGUGCCAAAUAUUAGUGAAGCUGACUUAGCAGCUAUGUUUGGACAAGCAUCGCUGGAAGAUGGAGGAUCAGAUUUUUUACCGUUCAUGCAAGGAAUGAUGCAAUCUUUGUUAUCUAAAGAUGUUCUUUAUCCAUCUCUAAAAGAUCUUGUUGAUAGAUAUCCAGCAUGGCUUGAUGAGAAAAGAUCAACUCUACCACCUGCAGAUUUAACUAGAUAUGAAAAGCAGUUGGAUCUCAUGACAAAAGUAUGCCAUGAAUUAGAAUCGGAAAAAGAAGACGAUUCAGAAGAAGUCAAGAAAAAGCGAUUUGAAAGCACAUUAUCUCUCAUGCAAGAAAUGCAGGGCUGUGGACAACCUCCAGAUGAUUUGAUCACUGAACAGCAAUCAGUUCUGCAGCUUGAUGGGGAAGGCAAUCCUACAGCACCACCUGCUUUACCUGGAGUUUUACCUGGGAUGGAUGAAGGCCAAAAUUGUGUUGUUAUGUGAAAAAAAAAUUCGUGCUUGAAAGUCAGUUUUUAUAACAUAAGGAAAAGAAUUUUGUGCAUGGACACAUUAUUAGCUGACAUUGAAUGUGUCGAAAAUCUAUAUUUCGCUGUUUUGCACAAGAAAGCGUUGUGUGCAUUUUGACACAUGCGAUUUUUAUCCUACGUUGUUAAACGUAGUUUGAUAAAGAUUAGGCAAUUGGAUGAUUUGGGAAACUGUUUGAAAAUACUUAGUGUAACUGGCAACUUUGACGUAUUUAUUUAUUUUCAUUGAUUAUAAACUACUAAAUUUACAAAAAAGAAAACGAUUAAAUCAAAAUUUUACAAUACGCAGAAUGUAUUUGAUAAACGUUAUUAUACAUCACUUUAACGCGGGCUAACUUUUAGCCGUUGAAUACGAGUUAACAAAAUUUUUACGCUGGCGAAAGUGCAGCCACGCCAGGCAAAACCUUUCCUUCUAAAAGCUCUAAGCUUGCACCGCCGCCUGUACUAACGUGGCUAACUUGGUCCUCAGUUUUCCAUUUGGCAGCGCAAGUAGCGGUAUCACCACCUCCGAUAAUUGUCGUCGCACCUCGCUUUGUCGCUUCAACAACGUUAUCCAUCAGACUCUUAGUUCCUUUGGAGAAGUUGUCAAAUUCAAACACACCAGCUGGUCCAUUCCAAACAAUAACUUUAGCCCUUUUGAUUGGCUCUGAAAUCAUGUAUUCACUUUUAUUGAUGUGCUUUUCAGCUAUUUUGUUGUUUUUAUAAAAUUAUAAUGUUAAUUUUAAAUAAAUUAAAUUUUAUAUUAAAAAUUA